ACUUCGUUUUACACUUUUGAAUAGUCAACAUGAUGGAAAAAGUUUUACUUUUAUUUGUUUUUGUUGUAUCAUUUUCCUAUGGACUUGGUUUGAUAAAUUACGCUUGUUCCGAUGAUACAACCUGUCCAAACCAAGCUACAUGUAGUAAAGAGGGUUAUGAAAGUUGCGAUAAAGGAAAAUGUAAAUGUCCCACUGGCCAUAUCUACACUGGAGGCAUUUGCAAAAGAAAACUAGCGUACAAUGAGGAUUGUAGCGAUACUGCUAAAACAUACUGUGAUCCAGCAUCAUUUCGAUGUCUUUCAUCUAAAUGCGCAUGCAUUUCGUCGCUGUACGAAAUUGAUCCGUCUGAUAAUACAAAAUGCGUCAGAAAGGAUCGAAAGAAUAUUGGAGAAACUUGCACAUCGAACACAGUGUGCAGGUAUGGAAACGGUAAAACUUAUGCUACGUGCGAUUCAUCAACGAAAAAGUGUACCUGUGGAAUUUACAAAGCAAAUUCAAAUAGCGAAUGCGUUAAAAGAAAUUACGAUGAAACUUGUAGCAGCUCUCUUGCAUGUCUUACUGGAGUGUGUACAGGAGGCAGAUGCAGUUGUUUAACCACUUCUAAAUGGGAUGCUUCAAAGUCACAAUGCUCAUUUUAUCAAUACAACGAUGAUUGCUCAUCUGGCAAAGUUUGUGAUCUAAGCAAGGGUCUAGUAUGCACUUCUAACACUUGCAAAUGUCCUUCAAACAAAAAAUGGGAUUCUUCUAAUUCGAGAUGCAUUUAUUAUCAGCACCAAGAUGACUGUACAUCUCCCAAAAUUUGUGAUUCAACUAUGGGUUUAAUAUGUACGAAUAAAGAAGUUACGGAGAGGCUUGCACUUCGAUCAUAUUAUGUAAAAGUGGCUUAUCUUGUCUACCUGAUGGUACCUGCGGGUGUAGUUCCGCCUCGAAAAUGGUUUGGGAUUCGUCACUUUCCCUUUGCAGAUUCUGUAAACUGGCACGGAGAAUCUUGCGACACAAACAAAAAAUGUGAUCUUAAUAAAGGUUUAGGUUGUAACUCUGGAACGAAUAAAUGCGACUGUUCGGCUGGUAAGAGAAUGUGGGAUGCCGCAGAGAAAAGUUGUAGAAGAGCCAGGUGGAGAGAAAGUUGCGAAACGGCUGAUUGUGAAUCUUCAAUAAACUUGAUAUGUACUAAUAAAAAGUGCGAAUGUCGGACCAAUUACAAUGGUCAUGCUUCUGUCCGUAUCUCCUAUUGGGAUGGCGUUUCCGCUAAAACUGUUCAAUCUUCUACCUCUUCAAACGUCUGUGUAUAUAAGGACUCUGUAUUGAAUGUGAAAGAUGGACAAGAAUGCAAUUACCAGUCAAAUUUUUUAAGUUUAAGUUUAAAAUUAUGCGAUACUGGUCUAACCUGCAAAGUAAACGCCUGUCCAAAAACGACUACCUUAAUGAAAAGCGUCUGCGUCAAAGGUUCGUACAAUAAUUGA